CAAAAUUACAAUUGAUUCGUAGUGUUCUGUCAUCCGUCGCCGCCUUUAUUAUUUUAUUCGAGUCCUUCCCAACUCCCUCUUCGGACUUUUAACGAACACCUCAUCUGCUCUGUGCAUAAUUUCUCAACCUCUAUUUGUAUCAAUGCUGAGGGCUUUUCCUGCCCUUUUCCGCCUACCCAUUCCCUCUUUCCCCAUAAGUAAUAAGACCACAAGUGCUUUUAGCAGAAUGAGCUCAACCCCAUCACCAAAAUGCCCAAAAUUUAUUCCUGUGGAAGAGAGUAAGAUCUGCUCAAUAAGCAAAGCUGAUGGUAUCAGGUUUAGUCUUGUGUCAUAUAACAUUUUGGCUCAGGUGUACGUAAAGAGCUCUUUGUUUCCACACUCUCCAUCCUCCUGUCUCAGGUGGAAAGCUCGCUCGCAGGCCAUUUUGAGUGUUGUAAGGAACCUUGGAGCUGACUUUUUCUGUCUACAGGAAGUUGAUGAGUAUGACAGCUUUUACAAAGGAAAUAUGGAGAGCAAUGGGUAUUCUAGUACGUAUAUCCAGAGAAGUGGGCAAAAGCGUGACGGAUGUGGAAUUUUUUAUAAACACGAAAUGGCAGAUUUGGUGUUAGAGGAGAAAAUAGAAUACAAUGAUCUUGUAAACUCAAUUAAAGAUGGAAAUAUACCCGGUGAUGAUAAACCAAAUGAUAAGGAAGCCACAGGAAAUGAAGAUGCCGGAUCCAAAAAUGGUUCAACAGUAGAGACCACUCAGGAUCGUGGAGAUCCUAAUGAUCCUCGUGUCAGACUAAAACGUGAUUGUGUUGGAAUUAUGGCAGCAUUCAAGUUAAAACAUCCUUGUAAUCAUUUUGUUAUUGUGGCAAACACACAUCUUUACUGGGAUCCCAGCUGGGUUGAUGUUAAGCUUGCACAAGCUAAAUAUCUUGUAUCGCGUUUGGCUCAAUUUAAAACAUUAGUAUCCGACAGAUUUGAGUGCACUCCUUCAUUGAUUGUGGCUGGUGACUUCAAUUCAGUUCCCGGGGAUAAGGUUUACCAGUACCUUAUUUCAGGCAACACUUCAUCUGCACCAACAAUGGAUAUUCUAGAAGAUUUGCCUAUUCCCUUGUGCAGCACCUACGCUUAUACACGAGGUGAACCGCAAUUUACAAAUUGCACCCCUGGAUUCACUGGUGUAUGCUUCUUAUUUUCUAAACCUCGUGAUGUAUAACUAACACUGAACUGAACAUUUCAUCGCUUAAGAGGGAAAGAGAAACGAUUGGAGACUGAUUGGUUUCGGCUACGCAUAGGAGUUGGGCGGCCAUGAUAGGUUAGCUGGAUUGAUUAGUGUUAUGAAGUGAAUGGAAGAAAGUUAUAAUGUCUUAGUUACGUACAAGGUGGCUGAAUGGGUGGUGGGGAAGAUUGAAGAUUGAAGACUGAGGACUAAGAAUUGAAUGUCAAGCUUAUAGCGCGAGCUUGUAAUUAAGCAAGGCAUUAAAGUGAUUCAGGUUAGACGUUCACUUCCAAUGGGCGGUGGGCAAAUAUCAGCUUGAGAAAGGAGUAGCAAAUGAACGUAGAUCCAUUCUAUUGCUUUCAUGCUGUGUUGAUGAAUGAAAUCUGACUUAACAUAUGAUUUUUGUGAGAUCAAA